GCCUGCAAAUGUUAAAUAUAUCCCGCUCGCUGAUUUGUGCUUCCUUCAAUUAAGUUCUUCAUUUCACAGGCUUUUCUUGCUGCAUUUGUGUUUCUUCUUCAGUUAAGUUCUUCUUCAUUUCACAAGCUCUUCUUCCUUUCACAGGUCUUUCUUCUUCAUUUCAUUUAUGGAAAUUGAUUGGUAAUUUACCCUACGCCCUUCGUCCUUCGUUACUGAGUGUGCGUCGUUCGCCCCGUGCCUCGUCAUUGUCGCUUGAAUUUCCAGAAAUCGUUGAGUGUGGGCGUCUUCGUUCGUUGCCUGUAAGAACAAAAUCGUUGAGCAAUGCAAGGAGGGAGCGAGGAUCGGAUGUGCCGUCAGCGCUUCCAGGAACUGUAAGCCUACGUGGUGGAAGGCUCUGGCAGGCCUCACACUUCACGAUCUGAAGGAACGGGAGGAGUGCGAAGUGCAGGAUAGGGCGGAUUGUUUCGCCGUGGCUAAGGAGAAAUGUACAGGCUUCGCCAGGGAUAAGUGUUUGGUUCCCUUUAGGGAUGCAAGGAUUUGGGUUGCGAAAGGGGUUUUGAGUUCCAAGGGUGUUGGGAAGUUGAUUUGUUGGGGAUCGGUGCCUGUGAAUGGGAGGAACAUGUGGUUGAUGAAUCAAGGUUUGGGAAAAAAAUGUUUCUAUCAAGAGGAUUCUAUCAAGGUUCAUCAACAGAUACCAAUAUACGGUGAAGUUGAGAAACGAUAUAUUCAUGAUCCAUUACUUCCUUAGGUAAACAACAGGUUCCUACUGUCCGUGUAUAUAAUUUUAACAUAUAUCACAUCAUUUGAUGAUUAGUGUUACUUAGAUGUUUCUAAUUCCUUUGAAGGAUUCAUAUACUUUUAAGUUCUGCCUGUGGAAAAUGAUUGAUUGGAUCAUGAAAAUUAUACACCUUAGUGGAUGCCUCAUCCUCUACAGGAUCUUAAAGGAUGUGAAGUUUUUCACAAUUGGAUGGUGUCAACCUCAAUUAUAACUGUACAGAAUAUCUUGCAAGAUGGCUAUGAUAUAAUCAAUCUUGUUUUCUACUUCUUUGUAGUCCUUUGGAGUUGGGUUAACAUUUAGUUGGAUUUGUUGUUCUUUCAUAGGAUAAAGAGUUGUAGUUAGGUUGUCUUGUCUAGAAUUUACAUUUUUUUCGAGUCCAUGAAGAUUUUCUUGUGAUAUAUAAUAAGAAUUACUACAAUCACUGUAGGCCACUAUUAUCAUGGGAGCUAGUUUUGUCUAAAAUUUUUGUCCCCCAUGGAAUGGCAUGUAGCACCUAGAAACACCACUGGCUUUUCUUUGUCCUUAUGGAAAAAUGCUUGGAAUGCUUUGGAUGUUGUCGGUGUUGGAGACAUCCUCCGCCGCUACCAUCAACAGCUCCAUGGGAUUGUCACCACUUCAUUGGUUACAGGGAAACAAAUAGAAGUCAAGUCUUUCAAACCAACAGAAAACCAAGAGGUAAGGAGGGUGGCAUUGAAUCGUGGUGUUGAGUACUUGGAGCAGGACUUUCGUUUAAUUGCUUUUGCAGCAUAUCUUGGAAGUGAAGCAUUUGAUGGAUUUUGUGGACAAGGAGAAUCGAGAAUGACAUUUAAGGUUUGGUUGCAUCAAAGGCCAGAGGUGCAGGCUAUGAAAUGAAGCAUCAGAUUAAGACCAGGGAGUUUUUUCACUGUCCCUAGAAGUAUUUUUCAACCUUUCUAUUUGCAAUAUUACAUUCCCUAAUUUGAAGCAUGAUUUAUUCAAGAAUGUCAAUUAUAUUGUAGGAGGAGUUGAGAGCCACAAGAGUCUCAACAUGGAGACGCUGUGAUGGAAGCCAUUGUCAAGGCAAGAAAUUGUUCUGUUUUGGGGAAAGGCUCCAUUUUGAAAAUGUAUUUCUUUCCUGGUCAGAGAACUUCCAGUCAUAUACAAAUUCAUGGCGCACCUCAUGUUUUCAAGGUACAUAUACCUAUGCAAGUACUAUUAAAGAAACUAACUCAUCAAAUUUGUGAUGCAAAAGGGUAAGGCUACACGUCCAGUGGUGACCUACAAGAUCAUCCGAUUGUAGGUAGAAUUAGCAUCUUUAACAUGUUUUUGAUGUGAGUUUAUUUGCGGAAAACUUGAUUUAACAAAUGACCAAUCUUGUUAUCUAAUAGUUGUUCAAGUAG